AUGACCUUCAUUCUAGGUCUUGCUAUUCUUGGAGUCUUUUGUAUCGGAUAUCUCAAACUCCUAUGGACGAAUAGGAUCGUCAAGAAGCAGGAAGUGGUGGACGAGGAGAAGAGAAUGAGGAUUCAGGAGCUGAGAAACAGUGGACAAAUAGUCGAGUCUCGGAGAAGCCAUGACAUCCCAUUCGGCGUAAGAGCAAUUCAGAGCGGCAUCACAGUUGAUGGGAUUUGGAUUUCUCAGUCCACCACGCCAAUACCGAGCGAGCUUAAGCUGGGACAUUUACGCAACGGCUCUUCCGAUAUGGUCGCUCCCCAUAAUUCGAAUAAUAGUGCCGAAGCCACGGAUGAAGUGACCGCUCAAGGGGUCCGACCGAUUUCGAGACAGGAAAGACAACAGUUCUCAAAUGACGAAACUGGAGAGCCGAGCAUGGCCCCAACCACGGGGACUCUAGAUGCAACAAUUCCUGAGCGCCCAGCCUCGCGCUCUUACAAGCCUCGAAGAUCGUCUCACCUCCGUAUUGGAAGCCAUGGAGAAUACGAUGCAACAACGCUUGAUCAGCUGGAGGGCAAGUCCCCGUCACCGAAGAAAAAGAUAUAUACACAUCGUCCGCGCGGAUCUCGUGGAACCCACUUAGAAGUUGAUUCGUCUUCCGCCGCAGACAACGAGCGCUCCUCCGGAACCUCUGACGAUUCUGAUGCCACCCUUUCACAUCAUCCCAAAUCGCGCUCGAAUCAGUCUUUACUCCCUCAGUGCGCUAGUCUGGAUGAACAGUCGACGAGAACGUCAAGCAAACCAGUUUGGGCCUCUGUUCCAGCUCAGAGCUCUAAACCCGAAUACUUCUCCAUUCCUGCUGGCUCUCCAAAUUCCGAAACUUCAGAUCCCUUUGCAACUCCAAUGGAGAGUCCUUUGGAAGCACCCAGAACCUACAAGCCUCAACACUUACCGACUAACCCUGGCCCUAGCUGGCCCAGCGAACCUCCGGCCGAGUCUUCCCACCAAGCCCGCUCCCCAUCUCCGUUCGUACCUGGGGAGCUGCAUGUGAAUAAGGUAGUACGUAAGGUCAAUUCUGGCUUCGAGGUUUUGCCUGCCGGAACGUUUGGAACUCCUGCUGAGUUGAAAGGGGGAGAUACAUCUCACGAUGAAGAUUCUGGGGAGAGGAGACAAUCGAAACUCCAGAAGAAGCCUCGGACGUCAAUGACGGGACAACUGGCCUCGAGUCCUGCAGACCGGAUUUUCAAGGAACACGUCUCACACAAUUCGGGCUGA